AUGUUUUACGGUUCUUCAUCCGGAGCCAGUUUGUCCCUGCCAUCCAAGAGUCGCCUGAAACGCCAGAGCAGGACAUUCACGCAGGUCCUUUACCGCACUCUGAGUUACAGAGACCGCGUCCCGGCAGAAACUGGAACAAACACCCGUGGGGACCGACGCUCUGCAACUGAACCCCCAGAGCGACCAGCAGACGAUCCAGCCGAACUCUCCACCCAGAGCUCGGCCCCAGGGGUGCUGAAGAUUUUUGGAGAUGAAAUCUGUGCCGGUGCCAACUACAAGAGCGUCCUGGCCACGCCACGCUCCAGUGCGCAGGAACUGGUCAAAGAGGCACUCGAGCGUUACUCCCUCAAUAAGGAUGCUGCUCACUCUUAUGUCCUGUGUGAUGUGAUCGGACAUUUGGAGGGGGAAGGCGGGACAGGGGGAGGCGGGGUAGGGGGAGGUGGGAUAGGAGGAGGUGGUAUAGGAGGAGGCGGUUGGCGAACUGAAUGCCUGCGUGCUCUGGGGGACAAUGAAAAGCCGCUUUUGCUCCAAGAGCUGUGGAAGCCCCGAGAAGGACACGCUCGCAGAUUUGAGCUACGCAGGAGAGCAGAGGUGGAGGAACUCAACGCCAAGGAUAAGGAUACCAUCACUGCUGGGAGCAAAACCCCUCAAUUCCUGGCGGCUCUAAUGGGUCGAUCUGGGCUGGGCAAACACAGGAGCUCCCCCCUGCGGUCUGGUCGAGUGGUACAGUCCAGCUCUAAAGAUAUUAAUGCCCAGGCUCGUAAAGUCCAGAGGAACAGGGCGAAGGGGACACUGACCCUGCCCCGGUCCAGCAACUCAUCCUUCUGCCGCAGCCUCAGCGAGACCAGCCUCAACCAGCUGGGAGUAGGAGAUGAGCCCAAGCGUUAUUACUCCACACUGCCAGGGCCGUUUAGGGGCCGGGAGCGUGAGGCAGCCUCCAGUGGACGUAGGAAAGAGGAAGGGAGUCAGGGGGGAGGAGGGGUGAGGCACUCUCUGUACCAGUCCCCGCACCUCCUGCUCCUACAAGGAUACAAUCGGCAGGACUGCCUGGUGUAUCUGCUGAACAGAGAGCAGCACACGGUUGGUCAGGAGACUCCGUCAGCUCGCCCCAACAUCUGCCUGUUUUCUCCUGACAUCUUGCCCCUCCACUGCCGCUUACGCCGGGUUCCUGCACCACGUCGUCAUGUCAACAACAACAACAAGGGAGAAGAGCUGACGGAGCGUUUCUGCGUUGCUGUUGAGCCCGUGCUCCACGCCACAGUACUGGUGAACUUCUCCCGUUGCGAGCGCUCCACCACGCUGCGGCACGGCGACCUCCUCUCCUUCGGAGCGCAUUACAUCUUCCUAUACAAGGACCCUACGGGCGCUAAGCCUCUGCCGGCUCAGACCUUGGCACGGCUUCGCACCCUUGGCCAGCUUUAUGAUGCAGGGGUGGAGGAAGGAGAGGGCGGCACUCAGACUUGUAAGAUGUGUGGCUCUGUGCUGAAGGACAGAGGAGCACAAGUGUUGAGCGCUCCAGCAGUUAGACGCAGCUUCAAACCUCAUCUGGUGAAACCCCGCAGUGUGGGGACAGCAGCAGGAGGGCCGAUUAAUUUGUCAGCAGGGGAAGGAGGAGGAGGAGGAGGAGGUAGAGGAGGAGGUCUGAAAAGGAGGCUACAGCUAGAGUUUGACCAGAGUCAUGAAGACCAGCUGUUAAACAGGAUCGUGUCCCUCAUAGAACCUGGAGGAGAUGACCAUAAGUUGACGCCGGCCUACCUGCUGUGUCUGUGCAUACAACACUCUGCUUCUACUUUCCCACCUGGGAGUUUUGGAAAACUGCUGCUCAAGAUCGUCCGGCGAAUCCAGACCAUCGCAUGGGAGAAGACAAAGGAGCUGGCUCAGAAGCAAGCUCAGCAUCAGGACCCAGCCUCCCUGUCUCUUCUUAGUAUCUCAGACUUGGUCCCAGACUUGCAGACCAUCUUCUUCUGGAUGUCCAACUCCAUCGAGAUCCUCUAUUUUAUACAGCAAAGAGCACCAGCGUACACACACAGUAUAGAGAUACUGCAAGGGUCAAAGGAGUCGUUGCUAUCGGCGACCAUAUCAGCCAAUGAGGAGGCAAUGACUAUCUUGGAAGAAGUGAUCAUGUACACUUUCCAGCAAUGUGUCUACUAUAUCACCAAGGCUCUUUAUGUAGUGUUACCAGGUUUGUUAGACUGUAAUCCAUUCCCAGCCGACAGCUCUGAGCCCUGCUGGAAAGGAGGUGUAGGAUUUCCUGAACCUAUACGCAGGGUCCUGCAGGUGUUUCAGAACACCCAGGAGCUUUUGCAGGGCUACCAGGUCCACCCGGAGAUUCAGGCUCAGAUGUUUGCUUACCUCUUCUUCUUCUCCAAUGUGUCGCUGUUUAACCAGCUAAUGGACAAAGGUCCAUCUCGGGGUUGGUUCCAGCGCUCUAAGGUGUUGCAGAUUCAGGCGUGUUUGCGGAUGGUUAUGGAAUGGGCGAGCAGGUCCGGUCUUGGGCAUCUGGUGGACAAAUUCUUCACCAAACUCAACAGCACUGUAUCUAUACUGGCCACACCCCCUCAACAGCUCACACAGUUGAGUUGGCGAGCAUUGUCCAGUGAGCACCCGACCCUGAAACCAGUCCAGCUGCACAGGAUUCUCACCCAGUACCAGCUCACAGUGGAGAUAGGCCCUGUCCCAAUAUGGCAACCGAGCAGUGAGGACGAGGCAUAUAUAUACAGAACAGUGGACCUCCUGGAGAGUUUUGAGAACCAUCCUCCCAUUGUACUGCCCAGUGCUGGCUUCAGAGUUGACCUGGACAGCGAGUGUGUAGAAGACAGCAUCUACAGACAGCUGCUCUACAUUCGCCACUACCUCUGGGGGCUGCGCACCAAGACGCAAACACACACCAACACUCCCAGUGUGCACACGCACUCCAAUGGUACCAACACAGCUGACUGGCCGGACGUUCAGAGGGAGUUGUUGCCUCCGGCUCACAGCAGUCCCCGCACAGGGGGUCCCGGGGACGAUGUGACGGCAGAGACGGGAGAAGAGAGAGGACGGGACAGACCCUCAGGUCAACCCCACACACACAGCCUCAGAAGGAACGGCAACAUCCACCACCCACGAACAGCAAAUCCAGACCCGUCCUGCCUCUUGACCCCUCCCAAUACCCCGCUGUACCCAGAAGGAGGAGGAGGAGGGCCGAUCAUAGGCCCCAACACCCAGACGAACGGCUGCACCAGCAGAACUGUGGCAGAAUGCAAAAAGACAAAUGGACUCAUCACCAACGGGCUGGAGGGGUGUAUUAGUGGGUGUGAGUUUCCUUUCCCUGUAUCCUCCCCUGGCGCCCCUCCCCUUCCUGAUGACUUGUGUGUGGUGUUUGUAGUGGAACUGGACAAAGGACCCUACGGACUAGGCAUGGGACUCAUAGACGGCCUGCACACCCCUCUCAACGCUCCAGGCAUUUACAUCCGGACUCUGAUACCCGACGGGCCGGCUGCCUCUGAUGGCAGACUGAGGAUCGGAGACCGGAUCCUGGCUGUGAACGGGACCAGUCUGAUAGGAGCAGACUACCAGAGCGCGGUGGAUCUGAUUCGUCUGGGAGGGGGUCGGCUACGUUUCCUGGUAGCCAAGUCCGACCCGGAGGUCUCAGAGAAGAUCAGUGCCUCCUCUUGUUGAUCCUGUCCGAGCGCCGCUGCCCCGACCAAAAAAAAAAAAAAAGGCACCACACGACGUGGGACAUGAGGACAGCGAGACAACAAGAGAUACAGAAGUGUGCACUGAGGAAAAGGGUACACACAAACACACACUCCCAUGCGUACAUACGCCGCAUGAAAUAUGAAUGUGAAUCCUAGUGUUAGCACAGCACAGAGCCAAGCAAUCAAACUGGAGAUAACGCUCCAUGACUCCACUCCACAGCUGCCAGACCCGCUUCCCCUAACAGUGGCUCCUGCCGGGUUUGUGUGACAGACAGAUCCGUAACCCACUGCAACAUCAAAGGGAGCGCGCUGCAAGGAAAGUUGCCUAAUUAAUCAGCCUUCGAAGGUGGGCGAGGUCUAACCAGCCAGUAUGCAGUCUGAUGGGGUUUAAAGCACAGUAGAUUGUUGGGUUUUUAAUUUCUCAUCAGUCAGCCCCUCGGAGCAUGUGUACAACAUUUGACUUUUUUUUCCACCCGUAUUGUAGAAUAAUUUGUAUCGGUAAAUGAGACAUCAAGUAGCAUGGUAAAAGAGCUUUCCCUGCUCUCAGACGAAACGUACUUUUAAUGACUCUAAAAGCAUUCGUAAAAAAAAUUCCAAACAAGUCAACGCAGCCUCUGUGAGCCAUGGAAGUUUCACAUGGUGCUUUUAGAGAGGAAUGUUUUAUAAAGCUUGUUUGUUAGCGACUCCCAAAGCACUAUCACUGUCGACUUAACGGACCGAACCGUUGCGCGUAUGAAUGUUUUGACUUUUGUAACGGAAGAGUGGGCGAGAGAGGCAGAGAGGAAGC